ACGAAAAGCACAUAUAUAAAAACACCUCAUAAGAAUCGCUGAUAUUGCAAAAUGGAACACAGGAAGAUCACCGGCUAUUUUCCACACUCCAAAAAGGCCUCUAGUUCCACUGCCGAUAAGAAAAGCACUAGCACUAGCACUCAGGCGGCAAAAAAUAAUGACCAAGCUGCAAAAGAGUUGGAAAGCCUCACCAAGUUUGACCUGGAUUUCAAAUUUGGUCCCUGUACAGGUGUAACUCGCCUCGAAAGAUGGGAGAGAGCAGAAAAACAUGGAUUAAAUCCACCACCAGAAGUAAAGAAAUUGCUUUUGGCCCAUAAAGGUGAUGAAGUAUACAGGUCAUGCUUGUGGAGCAAAUAUGAUCUCUGAUCAAUCUCACAUACUAUCAUAUAGGAAUGGAAAGAAAUGAAUCAACUUUUUAAAACCAUAUAUAUUUGAUAAGUACAAGAGGUCUAGACUAGACAGAUUCGAAUGGGGAAGAUUUUUGCUGAAAAGAAAUCAACAGCGAGGCAAGAAUUAAAUGCUACAAAUGAACUGCUGCUUAUUAAUAAUGCCACAGUUAAGCUGUAUGAAGCUAUCUGUGGCAAAAAUGUUAAUAAACAAAGUGUGAACGUUGGAACCAUGAUACUUGACAUCACAAAAGCUAAGGGGGUUAAAGCAGCACAGCACCAUGAUGAAAUUGGAGGCAAACGGAGGUCAGUUGACAACAAGAUGCACAAGUUGCUGGAAAAAGCCGUGCUGGCAUAACAGAUAGCAGUGGGGACAAAAAGUCCAGUAAUUAGAAACUGAAGUUUUCAUGUCCACAAGGAUGACACACUGAUUUGACUUUUUGUCAUUUUGAACACUACAUUACAAAAUAAUCAAUUUUAAAUCAUUAUCAUCAUUGCUGAAAGUUAGAAAAUGGUACUACUGGUAGAACACAACAUAAUACCCAGGCAAUUGCAUACUAACACCACAAAUUGCCAUAAUAGAGCCUUUUAGAAAUGUAAUUAGACCCAUUUUAAGUGUUUUCCUGAGAUAAUACGGGCUGAGUAUUUACCAGUCUCAAAGAAGCUGAAAUUAUCAGUCAGGUUGGCCCUUGUAACACACUGAGUGAGACUGGGGGAGGAAAGGCUUGGGCUGGAAGGGGAAAAAAGAAAAGCCCAGGAAAUGGAGAGAGUAAACAGAUCAGAAGUAGAAAAAAACAACAACAACAUUGCAUAAAAAAAAGAAUGGGAAAAUUAGCACAAAAUGGUGAUUUUUGCCUUAAAGAAAUUAACAGUAAGGCAAGAGUUGAGUGCUGCAGAUGAACUGUUUAAUAAUGCUACAUCCAAGCUGCAUGAAGCUCUCUCUGGCAAAGAUGUUAACGAAGUGUUAACUUUGGUACCAUGUUGCUUGGUAUCCCCAAAACUGAGGGGAUACAGGAGAUACAGCACCUUGAAAUUAAAGGCAAACAUAGGUCAUUUGACAACAAGACAUGCAAGUUGCUGAAAAAAGCCAUCCCAGCAAAACAGACAGCAGUGGGGACAAAAAAAGUCUAAUAAAAAGCCUAAU